AUGGAGGAGAGUUCACCCAACGACAAGUUUAAAUUGGUUCUACCUCCCGAUUUGUUAAAAUCGAGAGAUUUUAAUUUAAGUUUUGACGAAGGUGAAGCUUCGGGAUCAAGAUAUUUUGACAAAGAAGGUAAAGAAGAUAAUGAGUUAAUGUUUACGGUUCUGGCGAGGGAAGGUAGAGAAGACAGCGAUUUAAAUUUUUACGAAGGCAGAGAAGAUAGCAGUUUAAGUCUUGACAAAGAAAGGGAAGACUUUAUAAAUGUUAGCUACGAUGAUUAUGAUGAAUCCGACGCUAAUAAAAGGAGUCCUUCGUCCAAAAGGCGUCGUAAAAACAAUUCUGUUUCACAAACGCCUUCACCAACAUCACCACCACCAAUAUCACCGCCGAAAUCUUAUUCUUCACUAUCUCCUUCGCCUAUAAGAAGAGUAUGUUUAGAAUGUCCACUCCAUUUCUCGACAAAAACUUUUGAUAUGAUGGCUUCCCAUUCAGGAUCAAAAAAUGGAAUCAACUCAAGGUUAUCAUCUGACGCCGAUGAAAUUUGUCCGAUAUGUAAGAAUAAUAGAUACCUUACACCUAAUAUGAAACUACUUGUUAGCGACUGUUAUCAUAAAAUGUGUGAAUCAUGUAUAGAUAGAUUAUUCGCCAACGGAGCGGGACCAUGUCCGAUUUGUCAAAGAAUUUUGAGAAAAGUUAGUUUUAUAGAACCCACCUUUGAAGAUUUACGUGUAGAAAAAGAAGUAAAGAUUAGAAGGAAUUUAUCAAAGCAGUUUAAUAAACGGCAAGAAGAUUUUCAGAAUUUACGUUUAUACAAUGAUUACUUGGAAAUGGUUGAAGAGAUCGCGUGGAAUCUUAUCAAUGAAGUGAACAAAAAAGAAACCGAAGCUUUGAUUGACAAAUUUGCUAAUGAAAAUAAAGAAAUAAUAGCUCAUAAUAAACGAAAACAAGAUGAAGAAACCAAAAUGGUAAAUUAUCUUAAUGAAAAGGAGAAAUCAGAAAAGCGUUUGAAAUUUGAAAAUUACAAAAAAGAAUUGGACGAAGAGAAAAAAAGAAGGGAGAAACAUGAAGCCGAAUUAAUCGAAGAACUGGCUAAUUCAAAAGGUUCUGCGGCCGAUAUUCUAGCAGAAAAGAAGGCCAUGAGAGAAAGUUCCCGUAGUCAAGAACUUAAUAAUUCACAAAUUUAUCCUUCACCAAGAGAUAAUCAUCUUGGUUCAUGGUAUAAUAAUAAUAUAGAACCAGUAGAAGAUACACAAGAAUUUGAUCCAAUUUCCUCCGAAUAUUUGGACAUUGAUUGUUAUACACUCAAAGACAAAUAUUAUGAUCCGUAUACGGAAAUCAAUACUCGACUACGUGCUGGUGGAUUUGUUCCAAAAUUUGUACAUGAAAGAGCUUUACAAGCUGCAUUUUCUGGACUUUUUACAUUUACCAAAUCCGAUGAUAUGGAAGUUGAAUAA